AUGGCCGAGGCCGGCGCGCCGGCGCCGCCGGCGGCGUUGCUCGACGUGCCCGAGGGGCCGGAGCAGCUCGGCGUCCACACGCUGCAGACCUUCGGCGGGCGCAAGUCGACGCCCUUGAGCGAUUUCAAGCUCGACAAGCACCGGAGCGGGACGCCCUACAAGCUCGAGGACGACCGCUGGGACCCGGAUCACCGCGUCAUCGGCGGCGUGUUAGGCAAGCACGGCCUGGACACGGCCGAGGCGGAAUUCGCGCGCCGCGCGCGGCUCAACGAGUCGGACUACGGCGAGCUCGGCAGCCACGCGUCCGGCGGCACCGCGGGCAGCCCCGGCGGCGCGGGCAGCCCGCCGCGGCGCGUGUCCACGCCGGCGCACCACCCGCCGCGGCCGCCCCACGAGGGCGACUCCGACGAGGCCGCGUCGGAGCUCAUGCUGACGACGUUCCCCUUGGACCUCCAGACGUCGCUGGAGAGCUCGACCGCGUCCGCGAAGCCCGCGGCGGGGCUCGACGUCACGGGCAGGGGCUGCUUCAAGCCGACGGCGCCGAAGAUCGUGAGCAAGCGCAAGUCCAAGGCCGUGGCCGCCGUGGGUCUGUCGUCGCGGACCGCGUCCAUCGAGUCCGCGCGGGCGCCGUCGCCGCGUUCGAGCCUGGCGAAGCCCAAGCUGCCGCCGCCGGGCGUCAUCCGCUCCAACUUCGGCGCCGCGCUGAACAUGCGGCCGACGACCGCGCCGGGGCCCCGGCGCGCGAGGAAGCUCGCGCCCGCCGGCGGCUCGCGCGUGGACCUCCCGCUCCGCGGCGCCGUCGGCGAGGAGCUCCUCCAGCGCGAGUCGUCGCCUUUAUUAUCGGCCACGGUCGGCGGCGCGCGCGACGCCGCGUCGCUGCGCCUCGGCCGCUACCUGCUGUCGCCGCCGCCGCAGGCGCUCCCCUGGUCGGACGCGCGCGCCGUCGGCGUCGGCGGCGCGGGCAACGGCGCCCACUCGGCCGCCGUCGACGACGUCGAGGCGCGGCUCCACAUGGAGGAGGCGACGGAGGCGGGGCUGCGAGACGCGGACGCGCCCCACUCGCGCGUCGCCGAGGCGCGAAGGAGCGCCGAAGCCGCGCGGCCGUCGCAGACCGCGGCGCGCUUCUUCCUCGACAAGUGGCUGAAAUCCUUCGACGCCGACGCCGACGCCGAGGCGGCCACGGCCCUGUCCACGCGCAUGCUGAGCCGCUUCGAGCACGCGCGGCGCGUCCAGGCCGCGGAGGCCGACCGGUCCAACAACUCGAAGCGCCGGUCCGCGCUGCCCAUCGGUAUGAAUGAGGGCAAGCGCGGCCAGAUGAAGCUGCCCCCGACGCGCGGCACCGUGGCCCUCGCCUGCGAGACCUUCGACGAGAUGGUCACGGCGCUCGGCGCGUCGCUGCCCGCUUUGGCGGAGCUCCGGUCCUUCGUCUACGAGGCCAUCUUCCUCGAGGACUCGCGGCCCUACGAGGAGGCGGAGCGGCGGCCGGGCGAGGUCGGCUCCGAGGACUACUACACGGCGCGGCGCCUCUGGUGCGAGGGCGCGACGCUCGGCGAGCUCACGUCGCAGAAGGAUCUCGUGGAGCGGCUGCGCAUGGAGGCCGAGGGCUGCGAGGAGGAGCGGCGCGCCGCGCGCCAGGACGCCGACGACGCCGAGGACAACGUCCUCGCGGCCGAGGCCGUCCUCGACGCGCGGGGCGUCGAGGUCGACGCGUUGCGCGGCGAUUUGCGCUUCGAGGAGGACAAGAACCGCAUGCUCCGCGUGGAGCUCGGCGACGAGCGCGAGGCCCACAAGCGCACGUUCCAGUCCAUCCAGGACCGCAUCCGCGACGAGAACCGCAAGCGGCACAAGGAAAUGGACGAGGAGCGCGAGAAGUGGCGCGUCGCGCGGAUCCUGACGCUGGGCACGUACAAGGAGCUCGAGAAGAAGUUCCUCACGGCCGUCGGCGACUUCAACAACGCGACAAAGCGCGCCGACGAGGCGGAGAAGGUGUUGCACGCCAAGGAGGCGGAGUUCGACGAGUUCAAGAAGGCGGCCGACGGCGAGGCGAUCCACGCCGCGGAGAAGCUCCGGAAGAACCGCUUCGAGCUCGAGAACCAGCAGAAGCGGGGCAACGACCUCUUCGAGGAGAACCUGGAGCUGCGGGCGAAGAUCUCGGGGCUGAAGCCCGGCGCGGAGCACCGCGAGGCCGCGACGAUCAUCAACGAUUUGGAGAACGAGAAGAAGGCGAUGCGCGGCGAGCUCGCGAACGCGACGCUCCUCAUGGACAAGGCCAUCGAGGAGCGGUCCGCGGCCGAGGCCAAGCUCGCCGAGAGCGAGGCCGGCCACGAGGAGAGCAAGGGCACGGUCCGCGAGCUCAAGGUCGAGAACGACAAUCUGCACCACGAGCUCGCGUCGCUCAAGGACCAGAUCGGCCUGCUCGAGUACCAGCGCACGCAGCUCGAGGAGGAGCUCAAGCCCCACCGCCAGCGCGCCGCGGACGAGCUCAUGGGCGAGAAGACGGCGGAGCAGAAGGCCGUCGAGGCGAAGAUGGACGCGCUCGCCGGCGCGGAGAAGGAGCUCCGCGAGGAGCUCGAGGACGCGAAGCAGGCCCUCGUGUCCGUGCGCGAGGUCCACCGGGAGACGACGAAGAUCGCCGAGCGCGAGCGCGAGGUCAAGCUGCAGAAUUUGGAAGACCUGCUCACGGAGCACCUCGACUACGCCGUCGACGCCGCGCACGCGUCGGCGACGGCCGCGGCCGUCGAGUUCGAGCGGCGCGACGCGAAGCGGUCCGCCGCCGAGGCGUCCAUCGAGGCGAAGCGCAACGUCCAGGUCGUCGUCGAGGAGCUCGAGGAGCACAAGCGCAAGCUCGAGUCGAUGACGGAGCUCUACGACGGCGUCGUCCAGCGCUGCGCCGCGCUCGAGACGGGCGCCGACGUGCCCCCGGAGACGGAGGAGGCCAAGCAGGUGCGCGCGUCCUUCGCGUCCGGCCAGGGCCUGGCCAUGUUCAAGAAGGCCGCGACGUCCGUGGCCGCGACGGUCCGAUUGAAGAACCUCGUCGCCGCGCGGCGCGCCUCAUCGGACGAGGCGCGCGCGGACGACGCGCCCGUCGCCGAGAAGGAGGCGCGGCGGCCGUCGUCGUUCUGCCUCCACGACCUCGACAACGCCGAGGACCGCGAGGAGGUCGCGAGCUUCAAGCUCUCCGCGGCGCUCCGCAUCUCGAUGCACCGCUCGAAGGACCGGAAGAAGAACCCCAUGGGCAAGAUCCACGGCCGCCACGAGGACGCGAACAUCGACUUCAGCACGGGCUUGCUGGGCGCGGCGAUGAAGCACGCGAAGAAGGGCCGGCGGCUGCAGCAGAAGGCCGACACGCCGGAGUCGGAGAGCCGCGAGCUCAACGUCGACGACUUCGCGGGCAUGUCGGCCUACGACCCCGUGCCCAUCAACAUGUCGACCAAGGCCGCCGUGUCCAACAUCGACGCGGCCUUCAACCUCAACGCGCUCGUCGCUCUGCCGGACCGCGCGGACGCGCCGCCCGUGCAGUUCGUCGACGCGCCCAAGGAGGUGGAGAUCCGCGAGGUCGUCAGGACGGUCUACGUGCCCGCCCCGGCGCCCGCGGCCGUCGAGGCGCCCGCGGGCGUCUUCGGCUACAAGCCCGGCGACGUCUGCGAGGCGGAGCGGCGCGUCGUCCGCGAGGACGGCAGCGAGACGGUGAGCUGGCAGCAGGCCAUCGUGACGCGCGUGCGCUACAGCGUGCGCUACUUCGACGAGCCCGACCCCGAGGACGGCGUGCUCGAGGGCCAGGCGACCUUCGACGAUUUGUGCGACGCGUCCUUCGUCUCGAAAUCCAAGGACGACGAGGGCCGGCAGAUCUUCGGCAAGAAGCAGGACCGCGCGCCGCCCCUCGUCGCCAUCAGCGACCCCGUGUCCCGGCGCUGGAAGCAGAUCCGCAAGCACCUCGGGUCGAACCACCUCAAGUCGAACCUCGUGAAGCGGCCCGACGGCGGCGAGAACGAGUCCUACGACGACGCGGGCACGUUCGGCACCUUCGAGGAGGACGCGUUCGAGGCGAAGAUCGCCGUCAAGGAGGAAGACGCCCUGCCCCGCAAGGACAAGCUCAAGCAGACCCACAACGUCGCGCGGGCCAUGGUCCGCGUCAGGGUGGACGCCGCGACGCCGCGGGGACCCGCGCACUUCCGCUUCGGGACCGCGCCGGACGUCUUCCGCCACAAGCCGAGCCCCAUCGCCGAGGAGCCGCCGCUCGCCGACGUGCCCGAGGCCGCGCCGCCGGCGGCGGCGCCGGCGACGGCCCUCGCGCCGGGGCCCGCGGGCGUGUCGCACUACGAGCGGGGCGUCACCGAGGCCGAGGCGACGGAGGAGUACGCGCUCGUCGAGGCCAUCGUCCACCGCUUCGCCGACGGCACCUACGCCGCCGAGGUCGUCGAGGACGACGCGGGCCUCGCCGCCGGCGAGUGGAUCGACGCGCUGGAUCGGCGCGACAUCUUCGCGCGGCCCGCCGAGGGCGACGACGUCUUCAGCGACGACGAGUCCGACGACGAGAGCGACGACGAGGAGAUCAUGGCGGAGAUGACCGCCGAGGAGCAGAAGCGCUACGUCAAGGGCAAGACCAUGGCGCUCCAGAAGAAGUACGCGCGGUCGCACCACCAGCACGAGCUCGGCUCCGUCGUGGAAGUCCAAAUCCCCGGCACGACCAAGUGGAAGAAGGCCCAGGUCGUCGCCGGCGACGUCGACGCCCGCGGCGAGGGCACGUACCGCGUCCGCGUCGUCGCCGACCCCAAGGUCGCGCCGACGGCGAACGUCGCGCAGCGCCAGCAGGAGGUGCGCGCGUCCAUGGCGUCGCGGCGGUCCGUCGCCCAGGUCGGCAAGCGCAACGCGUCCAUAGUCGACGGCGAGCGGCGCUUCGGGUCGUCGAAGCGGAACCUCGCGGACAUGCUCGCCGCGCGCCGCGAGAUCGUGCUGCCGGAAGAGGCGCUCGAGGACCUCGUGACGAAAUCGGGCGACCUUAUGGACGGCCUCGUGGCGACGGGCAUCAUGGACACGGCGCCCGACGCCUUCGAGGCUCUGGCGAGCGCCGAGGAGCAGGCCGAGGCCGAGGACGUCUUCGAGGAGCUCGUCGUCCCGGCCAAGGACGUCUGCCAGGCUCUAAGCGACGAGUGGAUCCCCAUGCGCCUGUCGACGGUGCAGGCCGCGGAGAUCGGGUCGGCGCUGAGCCGCGUGUCCCAGCGCGAGGCCCACGCGCAGGGCGCCCUCUCCGCGAUGACGAACAUCCUGCGGCAGCAGCAGGCCAACCUCAAGGACCGCGGCGACGCGGCCGACGCGGCCUUCCACGCUUUAAACACGGAGCUCGGCAAGGCGCGGCAGAAGGUGAGCCGCAUGCGCCGGAGCUUCGACAGCGGCCAGGGCGGGCUCACGCUGAGCUUGGCGGAGCACUCGGAGAAGCUCGAGGAGCUGCGGGACACCAUGGAGGAGCAGCUCAAGGCCGCCAAGGCCGAGGCCUCGGGCGACGUGGAAGCGAAGAAGGCGCUCGAGGAGGAGGUCUACAAGUCGCGCGUCGAAAUCGCGAAACUCGAGGAGGACGUCGAGGCGGCCGAGGAGGCGUGCGAGUCCGCGGACCGCCACGUCGCGCGAUUGGUGAAGAACGCCGCGGCGACGGAGAAGAACCUGGAGCAGCUGAACCAGCUGCGGGACAAGGUCGAGGCCGAGGUCCGCGCGGUCUAUUCCGACGUGAGCUCGCGCGUGCCCAUCCCCGUCGUCCGGAACAAGCUCAAGAAGAUGAUGCUCGAGCUCGGGGCCGCGCCGCCGGGCGACAAGACGAUGAAGGCGUUGAUGACCAUCUCGGGCAUCCAGAAGAAGUGGCGCGCGCGCCGCGCGAGGCGCCUCGAGGCGGAAGCCGCGGAAGCGAACGCGCUCAAGGCCGCGGAGGACGAGGUCGCGCGGCUCCGCGAGGAGCAGGCCAUCGCCGAGGCCAUGCAGUCGCAGAUCAUCGCCGAGGGCAUGGAGCAGGGCAGCGUGCUCACGCACCACUCCACGGACGACGACACGGACCGGGAGUCGGACGUCGACGACGACGCGUCGACGGACACGGGCCAGCGCAAGAAGAAGAAGCACCGCAAGUUCCUCGACCCGCUGGCGGCCCAGCAGGAGGUGUCCCAGGAGCGGGAGCGCAUGAAGGCCCAGCUCGAGGAGCAGCGCGAGCGCGACGAGGCCGCGGCGCGGAAGCGCGACGAGCUCGAGGCGAAGUUGCGGGAGGCGGAGGCGCGCGUCCGGGAACAGGAGGCGGCGAAGACGCGCGAGGACCAGAAGACGAAGGCGGCGAUCCUCGCGUCCAAGUACCGCGCGGGCGCCGCCGCCGCGGAGCAGGGCGAGGAGAUGCGCAAGCAGCAGUCCGUGCGCCACCGCGAGUCUCUAAAAAUCGUCGAGCGCGCCAAGGCCGAGGAGACGGAGAAGCUCAAGGCGGAGCACAAGAAGCUCAACGAGGCCAUCCGGCGCGAGUCCAUCGCCCAGAUCGACCGCGACGACGCGCAGAAGAAGCUCGCCCACGCGCUCGCGCGGUUGAAGGACGCGGAGGACCGCGCGAUCAAAGCGGAGCGCGAGCUCGAAAAGAACCCGCGCGUCGUCGAGAAGGUCGUCUACAAGGAGGUCGUCAAGGAGGUGGUCGUCGAGGCGCCCUCGGCGACGGCGGAGCACCAGUCGUCCCUCGAGCACGAGCUCCUCGUCGCGCGCGCGCCGUCGCCCGCGCCCGAACCCGCGGCGCGCGCGAUCCACCUGCCCGACGACGACGACGUCAAGGUCAAGGACGUCGCCGAGGAAGAGGCGGACGACGAGGACGAGGAAGAAAUCGACGACGGCCGCGACGAGGGCGACGUCGGCGACGACGUGCUCCAGGCGACGACGUCGCUGUCGCACUACCAGUUGGCGUCGGAGGCGCGCGAGCUCUCGCAGAACAUCCUCACGGAGGAGGCCGCGCUCCGCGACCUGAAAGCCUCCGGCGAGCGGAGCCGCUUCGUCGCGCGGCGCGUCAAGGCCAUGGAGGCGGCGCUGGAGAAGAAGCGGCGGCGCCUGAAGCGGAUCGGCUGGCGGAUCCCGCUCAUCGACAGCCACGGCGUCUGCGACGUGGCCUUCGAGUACCGCGCCUACGACGUCGUCGACCAGCGCGACAUUUUGUUCGAGAUCAACGGCGCCCUGCGCAAGAACUUCCACGCGAAGAUGCACGACGUCGAGCAGUCGAUCUCGCGGAUGUCGCGCGCGAACUUUGUGGCCGAGAAGGAGCGCGACCAGGAGGCGCUCCGCCGGGAGAACGCGGAGCGCGUCAUCGCGGCCAUCAAGGUCGAGCUCGAGCAGGCCAAGGCCGACGACGACCGCAUCUUGCUGUUGUGCGACGAGACGGGCGUGCCGCCGACGGAACUGUUGCCGAAGUUGGUGAAGACGCUCCUCGCGGAGCGCAAGGCCAUGGUCGACGUCAUCGACGAACUGACCCUCUGGGAGAACGACGUCGUCGAUUUGUGCGGCCUGAGCGACGCGGCGUCGAACCGGACGGGCCGGCCGUCGACGGCGAGCGCGGCCGUCCACGCGGACGCGCAGAUGUCCGUCUUCGAGAUGACCGGCGACGACAAGGGGCCCCUGGCGCUGCACAAGGGCCUGGACCCGAGCAAGUACAAGCUCUCGUCGCUGCCGCCGAAGACGAAGGCGCGCGCCGCGGCCGCGCGGCCGUCGACGGCGCCGUCCAAGGCGUCGACCGUGACGACGCCCGGCCUCGGCGGCUUCCGCCUCGCGCCCCUCGACGCGCUGGCCCAGGACUCCCUGGCGUCGACGGACCCGGACGUCAUGGUCGUCCACGGCCUCGAGGGCGAGGCCGUGCCGACGACGACGCUCGAGAUGCCCGCGGGUCCCCGGAGGGACGCGCCCGCGCCGCCGUCGCCGCGGCGCGUCAUCUUCGAGGAGCCGCCCACGGAGGCGGACGUCGGCGCCGUCGUGUCCGAGGCGCUGCGCGACUCGCUCACGGACACGAUCGCGCCCAUCCUCGAGGAGCACCUGCGCGUCGUGCCGUUCUUCCGCGAGGAGAUGAAGCGGCGGCUGUUGUUCGGGACGUCGUGGCGCAAGCACAAGGAGUUCUUCGAAAACGCCGACCCGCUCGUGCUCGCCCACGUCGAGCGGAACGCGCGGCUGCUCAACAAGAACCUCAACGUGCACUCCAAGGCGGCCGAGGCGCUCAACGACAAAUUGGAGCAUUUGCUGGCGAACCAGGAGGCCAAGGACGCGGAGAAGGCCGAGUUCUUCUACCUGAAGCGGUCCCUGGACACGCACGGCAAGCUCUCGAAGCCCCUCCAGGACUGGGCGAAGACGCACGUCUCCAUGCUCAAGCGGCCCGAGCUGUCCCAGGCGCUCGGCUCGCGACGGCACCGGCCGCUGGAGACGCUCGUGCAGCGGCCCCACUACCAGCCCGAGCGCGACGUGCUCAACGCGACGGUGCGCGAGCGGCCGCCCAUCGGCGACGGCGACGGCAUGCCGUCGAUCCGACGAUCCGGGGACCCGCUCCCGGACGACGACGCGGGGACGCUGGCGCAGUCCUUCUCGUCGACGUGCAUGGCGGACCGCGCCGCCGCCAACCUCGCGGUGGCUCAAAAAAUCCUCGAGGCGAAGCGGAGGUACCCUCGCCUCUGCGCCGACGCGCGCGCGGUGCUCGUCCGCAUCCCCACGACUUACUGGCCAGACGAGUAUGUGGUGUCCUAUUUUCGCACCUACUACCUGCCGCCAGACCCGGACGAGGUGCAGGUCGAGGUGCUCCGGCGAUUCGCUGCCGUGCCCAAGAACGAGCGCUUCUCAUUGAGAAUCGUGAACGGGUGCUUCACGAACAUCCUCAAGGCCGUGCGGCGCGAGCGGCGGCGGCGAGAAGGAGCCGCGCCGCCGCCGCCGCCGCCACCACCGCCGGGACCCGCGCCUCCUCCACCGCAGCCGCCGCAACCAGGAGCCGCGCCGCCGGCGGCGUCGGCCCGCAGCCCGCCGCGGCCCCGAAGCCCGCCGGCCGCGGACGCGCCGUCGGACGCCGAGUGGCUCCUCCGGACGCUGUCGGCGGAAGCCUCCCCAGGCGACGUCGAGAGGGUCAACGCCAUCUGGCGCUCGGAUCUGUGGGAGCAGCACAAGAUGACGCCGGACGAGUGCUUCAGCCUCCUGGUGAAGGCGUCGGCGGACUCGGCGGGGGUUUCUCUAGCGGACAAGUUUGAGGAACUCGUCGACGGUCUCUCUCGCGCGCGGCGCCAGGCCGCUCCGGGGGCUCCGGGCACCACAUUCUUCGCGAUCUCCGCGUCGAUGCUCGGGACCUACUUCCACUUUGAGUGCCCGCGGCUCCUCCACCGGCUCGCGACGCGGACGCGGGGCCGGGCGCGCCGGAGCGAGCCGCUUCUCGGCGGCGAGCCGCCGACGGACGCGGACGUCUCCGAGGCGGCGGAGCGCCUCAACUGGAGAUCGCUCGUCAGCGGCCGCGGGGCGGAUCACGAGCGCUGGAUCAACGACCAGCUCCAGAACCCGGGGCUCGCGACGCGGUCCUGGUUCUCGCCCGAGGGGGAGCGCCGCGACGACGCGCCGGCGCGGUUCCGCUUCGUCGACGUGGAGGCGCUCGCCAAGGAGCGCUGCGGCGAGGAGCACCGGAGCGAGCGCUUCUGGCGCACCUACGACGAGAUCUCGCUGAAGCUCCUGCGCACCGCGCCCGUGGGCACCGCGCUGUGGCAGCCUUCGCUGAACGCGGAGGUCAUCGACAAGGUCUACGAGGCGCUCGGUCUGGCCGGGGCGACGGCCAUCGACCUGAAGCGGUCGCUCCUGGACUACGCGCUCGUCGUCGAGGACCCGAGGACCGGCGAGCGCGCCGUCGUCGUCGUCGACGCGAAGGCGAGCAAGCGCGUCGAGCUCGCGCAUCAGGUCCAGGUCGUCUUUUACAGCAUCCUGGUCGACGUCGUCCUCUCGGACCUCCCGGGGUCGGCGCUCUCGGACCUCCCGGGGUCGGCGCCCGUGUCCAAGGUCGGGGGCGUCUGGAUCGCCUCGGAGCCGGCGCCGCGCAUCUUCGAGGUCGCCGGGCUCCGGGCCGCGCUCCGCGACUUCCUCCGCGGCAAGGUCCGGAGGUGGCUCACGGCCGAGGCGCUGUCGCGUCCCGCGGACCAAGAUCAGGACUGGGUCCUGCACGGCGCCUGCGCCAUCUGCGAGCACCGGCGCGACUGCGAGGCCCAGGCCGUGCGGGAGAAGCGGCUCUGCGCGCUGCCCAACUGCAAAGACCGGGACCUCGAGGAGCUCAACCGGGCCGCGCGGGCAGUACCCGGGGACUACACGGAGCUCGACCGCCUCGAGGCCUUCCUCAAGGGCGGCGGCGCAAGGACCGAAGACAAGGGCGUGCGAGGCGCGCUUUCGCGCGCGCUCCACCUGGAGUACGAAGACGACGACGUCGCCGCCGCUUACGUCACGCCGCCCAAGCUCCGCGCCCUCAAAGACGGCGAGGCCGUGCUGACCGGCAGGCCGAGCGUGGCGCUGCCGUACCGCCACCAUCAAGAGGCGGGCGCGAUCGUCUUCGCCAUCGACACAAACUUCCGCACGAUGGCGCCCUCGGCGUACUGCGUCCGCUUCGUGCCGGGGGACCCGGCGGAGGCUCCGACGGUGUGGAGCCACGUCGUCCCCCACGAGGCCUACGACGGCGACGUGCUCGCGGGCGCUGCCACGGACGCCGCGCGAGAUGUCCGCCUCCGGCUCGUCGCGGACGUCUACGGCGCCCUGGAGCUCUGCCGCGGGAAGCGCGUCGUCGUCUGCUGCGCCGAGGCCGUCGACAAGACGUCGCUCUUCGACGCCGUGCUCCGCGUCGCCCUCGGCGAGUCGAGCGCCGAGGCCGCUGCCAAGGCGCGGCUCGUCAUGUCGGCUCUCGGCGCGGAGCCGAUGCACCUGCUCAUGGAGAGCCACCACCCCGCGAUCGCCUCCGGCGCCGACCCCGCGGAGGCGGCCCAGUUCCUGCCGCGCCUCGCGGUCCUCGUCGCCGAGGCCAAGACGCUCUUCGACGUGCCGUCCGUGCGCGCGACGACGUUCGAAAACUUCUGCGCCUACUUGCCGGUGGAGGACGACGGCGAGACGCGCCGCGACCUCGGCGCCGUCGCCGCGGCCUGCGAUCGCGACGCCGUCUUCCGCGUCUGGGCGCUCCAGGGCCCGGACCACCUCGCCGGCCGCGACCUCGACGCCGACAUCCGGGACCGCUGCGUCGCCAUGCUCGUAUCGCGGACCGAGUGCGCCCUUUUCCUCCUCCACGGCAUGCGCACGCGCUGCCGCCCGGCCGGUCGCGCGGACGCGAUUUCGACGCAGGAUCUCGACCCGGCGGCCGCCGCUCGCGAGUUCCGCUACACGCCGUUCAAGGCCGCGACGAUCCACCUCGACGCGUCCGCGGCGGUGGCGCACCCGAAGCUCAGCGCUCUCUGCUUCCUCACGGAACUCGAGACGGCGACGAGCAUCUACGCGCACCGGCACGAACGCGCGAGGAGCCUCGAGGACCUCGUGCAGCGCGACAAGGUCGCCGUCGUCCGGCUCGACGGCGCCACGACCGAAGCGGGCGUGACGCGCGCGUGGGACGUGCUGCUCGUCGACGAGGCGAGCCAGAUGCUCGCGUCGCAGGCGGCGCUCGCCGUCAAGGCCCUCGACGCGGAGCACGGCCGCCUCGUGCUCCUCGGGGACCACAGACAGAUGCGGCCGACGAUCAAGACGCCUCUCCCGGACGGCGUCGGCGUCGAGAUCUCGGGCUCGAUCCUGGACGUCGUCCGCCACCAGCUCCGCGGCACGGGCUGCGUCGGCGCGCUGCGCGAGAAUCAUCGCAUGAGCGCGGAACUCUGCGCCUUCACGGAGGUCGCGCUGGGCUAUUCCGGCUACCACAUCUGCUCUCGAGGUGGCUGUCGGUGUCGGAUGGCGGCGGCGGUACCCGCGGGCGACGACGCGCUCGUGGCCAGGCGAACGGAGGAGCUCCGGGCGUCCCCGAGCCGGUCGCGCGCGACGGCCGGCGACAUCCUCGACGUCGCGAAGCACUUCACCGUCGUCCUCGUCGACAUCCCGCCGACGGCUUCCAUGGCCGAGAUCCGCGCCGCCGAAGCGUCUCUGUGCUCGCGGAUCCUCGCCGCGCGCGACCGCGUCGUCGCCGGGACGGCCCGCGGCCGCGGCGCGUUCUGCGUCUGUCCGCAUCACGCCCAGCGCCACGCCGUCGGCGACGCCCUCGACGGCGCGCUCGCCGCGCUCUGCGACAUCGACACCGUCGAGCGGAUGCAGGGCCGCGAGAAGGACCUCGUCGUCGCGUGCUUCGCCGGCCUCGACCUCCUGCCCGACGAGGAGAGCGCCGAGCUCGACUUCGUCUACGAGGCGAGCCGGCUCGUCGUCUCCCUGUCUCGCGCGAAGCGGAAGACCAUCCUGCUCGCGACGGAGCGCCUCUUCGAGCCGAGCUUGCACGUCUUCGACACCCCGCGCCGCCGCGAGGCCUUCACGCUGCUCAAGCAGGUGAAGGACUACGCGGAGGAACGCGGCUGGGUCGUUCGUCCACCACGAGCGACGGGGAGCUCGCAAGGGGACGGCGGUGGUGGCGGGGGCGGGGGCGGCGGCGGCGGCGGCGACGACGACGGCGGCAGGGGCGGCGGCGGCGACAACGGCGGCGGCGGGGGCGGCGGCGCGGGCGGCGGCGGCGACGACGGCGGCGACGACGACGACAGGACGCGGCUCGACGACGACGCCCAGAUGUCCCAGGCGCUCAGCCAGAGCCUCAGCCUCACGGAGAACUUCGGAGCCGACAGCUCGCAGCCGAUGGCGCGCGACGACGACGACGACGACGGCGACGACGACGACGACGACAGGACGCGGCUCGACGACGACGCCCAGAUUUCCCAGGCGCUCAGCCAGAGCCUCAGCCUCACGGAGAACUUCGGAGCUGACAGCUCGCAGCCGAUGGCGCGCGACGACGACGACGACGACGACGUCACGAGCCUCGGCGACAGCGAGGAGGAGAUGGUCUCCGGCGCCGUCUACGUCGACGACCGCGACGAGGAUCUGUCGCCCGUGGACCCGUACUCGGGCCGAGUUCCGCGCGACUCCCAGCCCUGGACGCCGACGAAGCGCGACCGCGACGACGGCUCCGAAAGCGAGGACGACGAUGAAGACGACGGCGAGGACCGCGGCGCGGGCGGCGCCGCCGCGUCCGACUCGGACGACCUCUUCGAAUCGGACGACAUCUGGCUGGACCGCCACGCCGGUCGACCGCCGCGCCCGGAGACCCCGACCUCGAGCAAGCGCGUGCGCCUGGACAACGGCGACUCCCGAAGCGACUGGCUCCCGCGCCUCGCCUUGCCCGCGGCUCCCGCCGCGUCGGCGCCCCGCGAGUACCGCUGCAGCAAAUGCGGACAGCCCAAGAGGGGGCACAAGUGUACCGCCGCGGGCUAGGCGACUGUGUGUUGUUUAAUUGGUUUUCUUCUU